AUGGAGCCCAGGAAGCAUCUGUCAGGGAGGAGAGCCAGGUCUCUGGAUAGGUCACAGAGCCCCAAGAAGGUCCGCCGGUGCUUCUCCCUGCCCACUACCCCCUCCAGGAGGAUGCUUCACCAGGCAACCAGCGAUGGGAGCAGAAGUCCCCAGAGCCCAGCUCAGUCUGUGGAAGCUCAGGAUGCCACGGCCACAGCCCACAGCCUGGAAGAGACCAGGGAGUUUCUUCCCACUGACCAGAGGCUGCCACAGGACACCAAGAAGGAAAAGACCCAGAGACGGGGCCAGCAGGGGUGGCUGAAGACCUUGAUGAACUUCCUCCUGAGGACAGGCCCGGAAGAGCCCAAAGAAAAGGCCAGCCGGAAGGCAAAAGGGAAGGAGGGCCUCCCUAAGCCUGCAGAAACCCCGGAGGCACCAGGGGAGACAGCUCCGAGGAAGAAAGCCCACGACAAGAAGGCCAGUCGCAAGAAACACAGUCAUAAGAACCAUGUUGCUGAGGAAACCAAGGGGGCCCAAGAUCAGGAGGCCGAAGGCCAAGAGAUAGGGCUGCCCAAGAUGGCUGCCGCCCCACGCCCUGAGGAGGCUGACCUGGGCCCAGCACCCAAGGGUGAGCAGACCAUGCCUGGUAACCCCACUGCCCCAACCCCAAGGGCUAGGAUUGCUGCCCCUCUCAGAGACCUUUGGUUCUUCAUUUGUAAAGAAAGGAAGCUGGACCCCCCCCCCCCCAGCCCCCAAGGUGGGAAAGGUUCUGGUCCCCACCAGUCCUUGCUCAUUGAAGCUGGGGGUCCUGCAGCAUCCGAGGUUUCUUCUCAAGCCACAGGUCAUCGGCCCGAAGAGGAACUCAGAAAGCUUGACCAGGAUAAAAUCAUCAAGAUGAUAGUGGAAUUCCUCCAAAAAGUGGGAGACCAGUGGGAAGAAGAGGCCCGCUUGCCCAGGCAGGUCUCAGUGCUCCCCAGCUCUAGGCUCUGUCACCUCCCUCGCCUGGGGCCACCACGAAGCACUUGGCUGCUCUUUAGUUGUUUCUCAGAGAGCCUUCCCCUCUCCUCAAGGUCAAGGGCCCGACGGUUUCUCUCAUUUCUCCCACAGCAGCUUCAAGCUCCUCAGCCAGAGGUGGUUGUACAGAUUCCAGUGUCAGUUGACAGGAAGAAAUUCCAAGAGAAAAAGUCUAGCUUCAAGAGAGCGUUUUCUCAUAAGAAACAUGGCUCUGAGGAGGCUAAGAGAGCCGGGCCUGCAGACGUUUCCAGCCCGGAGUCCCGGCCACCCAAGAGGCCCAGCUUUCUCCCCCUGUGUGUUGGGGGCCAUCAGCCCUCCACCUCCAGCAGCCCUGGCUCGGAGGAACCCAAAGUCCAAGAGGUCCUGCCUACAGACAGCGGGGGUCUGAGUCCCUUGGAGCUUUCCACCCCAGCAGGGAGCCAGGGACCCGAAGAGGACUUGCAGGCGAGCAGAGCCUUGGAAUUCAGAGAAUUCAUCCAGAAGAUCAUUGCCCUCCUCCAGGAUGCGGAAGAGCAGGGGGGAGAGCUUCGAGUCCGGGAACCAGAGGUGGCUGUAGAAAACCUGUCCCCAGCCUACAGAAGGAGAUCCCAAGAGAAGAAGUCCAGCCUCAGAAAAGCCUUUUCUUAUAAGAGACAUGGCCCCAAGGAGCCCAGGAGAGCGGGGGCCGCAGGUGCUGCCAGCCCGGAGUCCCGGCCGCCCAAGAGGCCCAGCUUUCUGCCCCUGUGUGUGGGGGGCCAUCAGCCCUCCACCUCCAACAGCCCCGACCUGGAAGAUGUCGAGUUCCAGGAGUCCUCGCCUGCAGAAGAGACACCUGUGGGAUCCUCCGACGCACCCUCCCAGACCAGAAGUCACCAGCCAGAGGGGGGACCUCAGCCAGACGGAGUGUUCGAAUCUAAGGAGCUGGUCAUCCAGAAUCUGGUGGCCCUUCUCCAAGAAGUGGAUGGCCAGCUGGGGGAGCAGAUCAGGCGACAUCCCAGCUUCAAGAGGUUUUUCUACAAGGUCUCGGACUCCUCCCUCAGGAAGCUGGCAGCCACCCUGCACAGCCAGAAAGCCCGCUCUCCUGAGCUGGGCAGGAACCUCACCAAGAGACCCUACCAGCUUGCCUUUGGCUUCACCAACAAAUUUGCCAGCAACAAUAGCCACGCCGUCUUCAGCCUCAUGGGCCUGUGCUACAGCCACGCCAGUUACACCCACUUCCCGUACAGGGAGGCCCAGCAGAACAUCACAAAUCCUGAGAGCCAGAGUCCAGAUUAAGAGCUGUGCUUUGCGCUCAAGUUCCCUUGAGCUAUCAAACAAUGGCGGCUUUGACCAGGAGCCUCUGAAGAUGCCUCACGAUAGCCCAAUCCAGUGCUUCACAGACAUGAAUGAAGACGAGAGUGGAUGGCCACCUGUGUCCCUGAGCCCUUGUGGGCUCUCUGAGACUGAGAUACACAAAGCGUUCUUUUUAUUUUUUUUAUUUUUUUUAUUUUUUUUUAAAUUUUUUUUUUUCCAACAUUUAUUUAUUUUUGGGACAGAGAGAGA